AUGGAGCUGGCUCAUAGUUUGUUACUGAACGAGGAAGCAUUAGCUCAAAUCACAGAAGCAAAGAGACCAGUCUUUAUCUUUGAGUGGUUAAGAUUUUUGGAUAAAGUGCUGGUAGCUGCUAAUAAGACAGAUGUCAAGGAAAAACAGAAGAAACUUGUAGAACAGCUGACAGGACUCAUCAGCAGUUCCCCUGGGCCACCUACGCGAAAACUACUAGCAAAAAAUCUUGCUGCUCUCUACAGCAUUGGAGACACAUUUACUGUUUUUCAGACGCUUGACAAGUGUAAUGACAUCAUCAAGAGCAAAGAUGAUACUGCAGCCUACCUGCCCACAAAACUGGCUGCUGUGGCAUGUGUUGGAGCAUUUUAUGAAAAAAUGGGCAGAAUGCUGGGUAGUUCUUUUCCGGAAACGGUGAAUAAUCUUUUAAAGUCUCUGAAAAGUGCAGAGUCUCAGGGCCGCAGUGAAAUUCUGAUGGGUUUACAGAAAGUCCUAAAUGGACUUGGAGGAGCAGCAGCUUCUUGUCACCGUGAUAUUUAUAAGAAUGCUCGAUCUCUGUUGACGGACAGAUCUAUGGCUGUACGAUGCGCAGUGGCUAAGUGUCUGCUGGAAUUACAGAAUGAAGCGGUGUUUAUGUGGACAGCUGAACUAGAGAAUGUUGCAACGCUGUGCUUUAAAGCUCUCGAAAACUCAAACUAUGGUGUGCGAGUUGCAGUGUCAAAGCUUUUGGGGACGGUCAUGGCUACAGCACUGAUACCAAAACAAGCAACAGUGAUGCGACAGAAUGUGAAGAGAGCCACGCUUGAGGAGGUCUUGGAGCUAAUGGCCACAGGAUUUCUGCGAGGGGGAUCUGGUUUCCUAAAGAGUGGUGGAGAGAUGUUAAAAGUAGGAGGAUCUGUCAAUAGGGAAGUGCGAGUUGGUGUUACCCAGGCCUACGUUGUCUUUGUUACAACAUUAGGGGGUCAGUGGUUGGAGCGCAACUUUGCUACAUUUUUAUCACAUGUCCUUGAUCUGGUCUCCCAUCCUCGUGCAACUCAGACCCACGUGGAGGCAGUUUACUCUCGAAGAUGCGUGUCCUUUAUCCUGAGAGCAACUGUGGGCAGCUUACUUGGGGAGAAAGCACAGAUUGCAGCUGCCAAAGAUAUAUGUCAAGCCAUUGGUAAACAAAUGAAGGCAGUGGAAGCAGUAGUGAAUGAUGCUAACAGCGAAAAUAAAUCAGGAGCUGCUGAUGUAGCUGCAAGCCAGCAUGUAAUGGUGUGCGCCCUCCAGGAACUGGGUAGUCUGGUUCAGAGUCUGAAUGCCACUGCAUCUCCUCUUAUUCAAGAACCCUCUAUUG